GUUGCUGGGCCGGGAGAGCCCUGGAGAGCCUGUUGUCACCUGUGGUGGGGCAAUGACUACCCCUCCUCCCGCCACUUUUUCUGACCGUGCCUACCCAGGUACUUCGCCGCCGUCUACUACUGUGAUAUAUUGACCCUAAUUGCCUCCUCUCGAGCAUCUCCAAACAUGGUCGACCGCGCCAACCGUCCGUCCGCGCUACACGCCCCGUCCGCCGCUGCCCCAGAAGCUCAGGUCGACAUCGUGGGAACCGGCGCAAGCUCAAAGGUCAUUGCGACGCUGCCGUCGGGUGAGAGCGUAGAGGUGCUGCUGUAUGGCGCUACGGUCGUUAGCUGGAAAAGCAACGGUGGGAAGACGGAGAACCUGUGGUUGAGUGAGAAGGCGGCGCUUGAUGGGUCGAAGGCUGUGAGGGGUGGCAUUCCGGUUGUGUUUCCGGUCUUCGGUCCUCCCCCCAAGUCUGGCCAUCCCACGUCGUCCCUCCCACAGCACGGCUUCGCCCGGACAUCGCGCUGGGAAUUCCUGGGCAAGUCGACCUCUGAAGACGCCCUCGACUCCCAAUCCGUCAAGCUCGACUUCGGUCUCUACAGCUCAGGGCUCGCCGAGGAGGCGCGCAGAGCAUGGCCGCUUGACUUCGGUCUCGUAUACAGCGUCACGCUGUCGAAAGACAGCCUGCAGACGGUAGUCAAUGUGCGCAACGAGGGUAACAAGAGUUUCGAGUUCCAGUUCCUGCUACACACGUAUCUGAAGGUCAAGGAUAUCUCGAAAGUCGCCAUCAACGGCCUCCUCGGCGUCACAUACAUUGACAAGGUGCUCAACGCAAGCACGCACCAGCAGUCCGAAUCCUCGCUCCACAUCACCGGCGAGAUCGACCGCGUCUACGGCUCGAUCCCGCAAGAUACCACAUCCGUAGUUGAGGACGGCACCUCGCGUUUCGACGUCGUGCGGGACAAUCUGCAGGAUACGGUGAUUUGGAACCCGUGGAUUGAGAAGGCGAAGGCUAUGGGUGAUUUCUCGCCUGAUGAUGGGUACAAGAAUAUGGUAUGCGUCGAGGUCGGAGCGGUGAAGGGAUGGCAGAAGCUGGAGAAGGGAGAGGUGUUUGAAGGUGGCCAGACGAUUAAGAGCUUGCUCUAAGGAAAGGAUAGGCGAAGCUUUAGGGGGCUAUGAAUUUGGAUAUCACGUUAGACUAAGGUUGGCAGUGACCAGGCCUAUCCUCGCUUGGAUGAGAGGAUGUAUCGGCAGG